AACGACAGAUGCGCUGCUUCAUACUAUAGUUUGUGAAAAAAACGGCUACAACAGCGAGAGAAUAAAGUGAACUUGGGUUUGGGUAUAACGCAGAAAGAGUCUUUAGUAAACGGCAUUUAUUUUUACUUCUUAUAAAAAUUGUCUUAAAUAACGCUAUUUUGUUAAUUUACAACAAAUAAUUAUUCAUCCAACUAUUUAAUUAUUCACUAACGGUAUUGUUGCCUGAGUUUCACGAUGCCAGCUGCAGAUCAAGAUGCCAUGAAUGCUAGCCGCCUGGCUAAAUUCAAAUAUCACAACAAGUCAGAAGAUGCCAGACGUAGGAGAAAUGAAGUGUCAAUUGAGCUCCGCAAAGCGCGCCGUGAUGAUCAGCUUCUCAAGCGUCGUAACAUCACAAUCGAGGCUAUUGAGUCAUCUCCAAAGUCUCCAGAAUCAUCAGUACAGUCACCAGUACUGAUGACAAUUGAAGAGAUUGUCACUGGCAUGAACAGCAGCGACCCCCACUUACAGCUGCAAGCUACUCAGAACUGCAGAAAAAUGCUUAGUCGGGAGAAACAUCCGCCAAUUGAUACCAUGAUCAACCAGGGCAUUGUUCCACGUUGUGUUGAGUUUUUGAGUCAUACCCACAAUCCAGCGCUCCAAUUCGAAGCAGCAUGGGCAUUGACAAACGUAGCAUCUGGCACAUCUGAGCAAACUCACAUUGUAAUUAAUAACGGCGCCAUCCCAAAGCUUAUCGAGUUACUUAAGUCACCAGCUCAGAAUGUCGCUGAACAAGCUGUCUGGGCUCUUGGUAACAUCGCUGGAGAUGGACCAACUACUCGUGACCUUGUUUUGCAAAACGGGUGUAUGCCAAUUCUUAUUUCGCUGCUCAAACCUGAAUCUGGACUGAGCUUUAUCAGAAAUAUCGUCUGGACUUUAUCAAAUUUGUGCCGAAACAAAAAUCCACCACCACCAUUCGAGAUCGUUAAAACUGCAUUACCAGCUUUAUGCGCACUUUUGGAUACUGGAGAUACUGAUGUUCUUGCUGACGCUUGCUGGGCAUUGUCAUACUUAACCGAUGGAAGCAAUGAAAACAUCCAAACUGUAUUGGACAGCGGAGUGGUUCCAAAACUCGUUAGAUUGUUGGGUUCGGAAGAAGUUACCGUCCUGACACCGGCACUGAGAGCUGUAGGAAACAUUGUCACUGGAAAUGAUGUGCAGACAGACGCUAUUAUUGUUGCUGGUGGAUUGGAGAAAUUGUGUUCUCUGUUGACCCACAAACGCUCCAACAUCGUUAAAGAAGCUGCCUGGACAAUUAGUAACAUUACUGCUGGAAACUCUAAACAAAUUCAGCACGUCAUUGAUGCUGGUAUAAUUACACCGUUGGUCCACGUUCUUGCUUAUGGCGAUUUUAAAUCUCAAAAAGAAGCUGCCUGGGCAGUUACUAAUUUGACAUCCGGUGGAACCGUAGAACAAUUAGUUAUACUAGUACAAAACGGCGUGCUUACACCAUUCUGUAACUUAUUAGAUGCUAAAGAUUAUAAAACUGUUAUGGUUGUGCUUGAUGGAUUAACAAACAUCCUCAAUGCUGCUGACAAAAUGGGCCAGAUUGAGAGCAUCGCGAUAAUGAUCGAAGAAAAUGGUGGACUUGAUAAGUUAGAAGCACUUCAGAACCACGAGAAUGAGAAAGUUUAUCAAAAGGCUCUAGCUAUGAUUGAUGCUUUCUUCUCUGAAGGGGAUGAUGAGAACCAACAGAUUGUACCGCAAGAAAAUGGCAAUCAAUUUAAUUUUCAAACAUCCGAAAGUGCACCACAGGGUGGUUUUCAAUUUUGAUUAGUAGCUAGUAUUAAAUAAAUAAAAUUAAUGCUACAUAAAUUAAGUUUAGGAUAUAAAUUUUACGUUGAUCGCGAUUUUACACGUUUAUAUCGUAAUUUUUAAUUAAUACAAAUACGAACAGUUAAGUAAGGAUAAAAGUUUAAUGCAAUGAUUGAUUCAUUGUAUUUCUUUCUUUUUUUUUUUUUUGUUCCGGUUGAGUAAAACUAACCGUAAUAAAGUACUUUCUCACGUUUCGAUUAAGAUUUAAAAUAUUCAUUUAAAUUCAACGACUUAUCUCCUCUCAAGUUCAAUGAUUUUUUUUUUUAUUACUUACAUUUUUUUUCUUUUAUUUAAUCAUUUUAUGCCAUUUGCCAUCGAUCAUAAUCAUUGUACUUAUCGAUUUUUUUGAUUAAUAAAUAAAAUUUUUGAUA